UUCAUUCGAUACGCUCUCUGCUCUCAACACAGCGACAUAGAGAGAGAGAGAGAGAGAGAGAGAGAGAAACACAUCGACAGAGGGAGAGAAAGAGAAAGAGAAGAAGAAGAUGAAACGAUGAGGAACGACGAUCAGAUCACGUAAGAAGACGAUAGCAAGAUGAUGCUCGCGAUUCUUUUCCAACACUUGAAGAAGGUGAGUCGUUUUUGAAGAAGAAGAUCGUGGGGCUCCAACUCUCUAAGAACGAUCCAUCCUUUAAGCUAAUACAGAUUAUUCUAUUGAAAGAAGGCCGCGAAUCAGCAUGGAAGGAACAAGGACGACUUUUUCGCCUUCUCCGAGGUCGGGUCCUUCUUCGCCUUCUCCGAGGUCGGGUCCUUCUUCGCCUUCUCCGGCGGGAACCCACGCUCCUCCGACGGCGGGAACCCACGCUUCUCCGCCGGCAAUUGUAUUUACUGUUGAGGAGAUUAGACAAUUCACGGACAACUUUGCAACACUUAUUGGAGAAGGCGGAUUUGGUUACAUAUAUAGUGGGCAUCUUGAGGAUCAAAACAUCGUCGUAAAAGCCUCGAAGGCCGGGCAAGCGAAAAGAGAAGAAUGGCUGAAGGAGAUCGAAUUUUUACAAAUGUGUAAUCAUCCCAACGUGAUCAAACUGUUGGGAGUGGGAGAGGAUCCAGCUGAAGCGCGCUUCUUUUUGGUUUAUCCUUACUUUGGCAAGGGUGCUCUCCAGAACAGCAUUGCAGUAGCUUCAAGGAAGUACGGAUAUCACGGCAUCCGCUGGAGCCCCCUCUCAUUUACUUUCAUGCACAACUUAUCCACUGAUGCAGAUCACUCUAGGCAUCGCAAGGAUCUCUUACAAGCUACAACAAUGACAAGAUUUGCAACUUUGGCCCAAACCUACAUGCCAGUGGACAUUACGUUCCCUUUUGACAAAUGAUAAUCAUUUUUAUGCUGUUUCUGGGAUUUGGAAGUUUUGUUUAGCUUUUCGUCUUGUUAUUGUUACAUUGUAGUACUCUAUCUAGUUAGGUUUAUCUGGUUUGUUUCUUUUAAGGUUGUAAUUAUCUUUAAUCAUCAAUUUUAUGAAGUACUUAAUUCGGUACUAA